AUGAUGAAAAUUUUCAAUUGCGAAACCUUCACAACUGGUAGAUUGGUCACAAUACCAAGUCGAUGGGGCAUUUUACAUCGCAUGCUUCAAGUUGCAAUUAUUAUUUAUCUUAUAUAUUCGAUCAUAAUGUCGGAACUUUACUUAAAAAAGGAACUUCCUGUACCCGGUGCAGUUCGAACAACACUAAAAGAAUCUAACAACGUUAGCACACCUUCCUAUUGCACUGGAACAGUGCCAUGCGUUUUUUGGAGUGCUAAUGAAA